CUCCGAGGCGCCGCUCGUCGCGUGCUCGAGUCCCCGCGCCCGCGCUCGCCGCGCUUCUGUGCUGUACCAGCGUCGUGACGCCGCCCACGAAGCGUAUAUCGGGAUCGUCUCGUGUGGAGCGGGGCGAUCCCUGGCGGUCCCCGGCGGUUCCCUGCGAGGCCGCAGCAUGGCGUCGCCGCAGGCCAGCCCGCGCGCCGGCUCCCCUGCCUCCGCACCGCGCUCACCCGCGCCCGCGCACGCCGUUCUCGCAACCAUGACCCCUGUGCAGCCCGCGCACGACUACUAUCCGCACAAGGUCGAGAUGGACUCCGACGACGGCUACCCGCCCGAGGCGCACUCCUACCGCCACUCACCGCACGAGCUCGCCGCGUAUGCGCCUGACAACAAGGUGCAGGUCCAGCCGGACGUUUACGAUCAAGGCAUGGAUUCCAUCGACGAGAAGACCCCAAUUGAUCUCAUCUACGAAGAUGACAAGCAGACUGUUAUAUACACGACGACACCGGAUCAGAAACGAGUGGAGAUGAUUAGCGGGCAGCUGGAGGACGGGCAGCUGGUCGGCGGCGGCGGGCAGCUCGUGGACGGUGGUGUGUCCGUAGUGGUCGGCGCGCCCGGCCAGGGUACCGUGCUCGUGCUCGCUGAUCACGUCGUGGACGAAUUAGGACAAGUUAUCACAAUACCCAGGAGACGCAAGGAGAUGAUGGAGGUGAGCGGCGAGUCGUGGCGCACAUACUACGCGGGCGGCGAGCCGGGGCUGGCCGCGGCGGCGCUGGGCGUCGCUGAGGACGCGCACGCGCACGGGCAGCCCCAGCCGCUCGUCGCAGAGUACUACAAGCUACCGCCGCUCGCGCAGGAUGCACACCUUAAUCUACACAAAGAUGUUAAAAUUGACGUCUGGCCGGCCGGCGGCGCGCUGAAGGCGGCCAAUGGCGCGCACGGGGCGGAGUUGGGCGAGCUGUCGGUGCUGCUGCACGCGGGGAGCGUGAAGCGCGAGCCCGAGGACCUCAGCCGCAAGGUGGUCGACGAGCCCGAGCCGCACGCGCUCAAGCCGCCGCGACACAAGGUGGCGGUCGGCGAGCCCGGGGAAGCGGGGUCGCCGUCGCCGGUGCCGUCGCGCGCCUCUUCGGCGGGCUCAUUGCUGCCGGACGCGGCGAUGUAUGCGGCGCAGAUGUUCGCGCCGCCCGGCACCCCCAGCCCUACUCCAUACGGGGAUCAGUAUUCUCGUCAGCCGGCCACUUUUGCCGGAGAGCCUUACUACCGAGAGUACUUCGUGGGUGAUGGCUACCAGCAACGAAGUGCGCCUCCUUACGCCGACGCGGAGCCGGCUCCGGCGUCGACGUUCGGCGAGCGGUACGCCGCGCCCCGAUACCACAGCAAGAGCGUGAUCGCAGCGGCCGGACUGACCGUGGACCUCCCGUCGCCGGACAGCGGCAUCGGCGCGGACGCGGUGACGCCGCGCGAUCACACCGCCGUGCAGCAGUCUUUCGAGUACACGGUGAUCUGCCAGCAGCCGGGCGUGGGCGAGGACGGCCGCGGCACCCCCUCUGCGCACCAUUCCCCUGCGCAGCCGCCCCGCACGCGCCCCUGGCACGACUUCGGCCGACAGAAUGAUGCAGACAAGAUACAAAUCGCCAAACUGUUUUCGCCGUACGGGUUCAAAUACCACCUCGAGACGGCCAGCAGUAGCUCCCAGCGACGCGAAGAUGACCGCAUUACCUACAUCAACAAAGGCCAGUUCUACGGCAUCACGCUCGAGUACGUCCACGACCCAGACAAGCCCCUAAAAAACCAAACGGUUAAGAGCGUGGUUAUGCUGAUGUUCAGAGAGGAAAAAUCCCCCGAAGACGAGAUCAAAGCGUGGCAGUUCUGGCACGGCAGGCAGCAUUCAGUGAAACAAAGAAUACUCGACGCCGACACUAAGAACAGCAUCGGCCUCGCUGGAUGCAUCGAGGAGGUGGCACACAACGCCAUCGCCGUCUACUGGAACCCACUCGAAAGCGCUGCCAAGAUCAACAUUGCAGUGCAGUGUCUAAGUACGGACUUCAGCAGUCAAAAAGGCGUCAAGGGCCUUCCACUUCAUAUUCAAAUCGACACCUUUGAAGAUCCGAGAGACACGCAAGUUUAUCACAGAGGAUACUGCCAGAUAAAAGUGUUUUGUGAUAAGGGCGCUGAACGAAAAACAAGAGAUGAAGAGAGAAGAGCAGCGAAAAGGAAAUUGUCGGCCACAAAUAGAAAGAAGCUCGAUGAAAUAUAUCACCCGGUGACAGAACGUAGCGAGUUCUAUUCCAUGGCGGACCUCUCGAAACCUCCAGUGCUGUUCAGUCCGGCAGAAGAUAUUGAUAAGUUAGCCGGAAUGGAUAUUCAGGGUUUCUACGGACACGACGAAGCGGCUCUAGCAGAGGCCCAUCUUAAGGGAGCGUCGCCUUUCCUCCUUCAUGCAGCGAAGCCGCAAGUUCCAGCGUUGAAAUUCCACAAUCACUUCCCACCCGACGCCCCUGCUUACCGAUCGGAUGUGGGCGGACUGUCUCCGUACAGCGACCGCAAGGACUCGCUGGAACUGGAGGGCGUUCUGGGUAAACGUGCGCGCACCGGCACGCCGCCACUUAGCGAGCGCGUCAUGCUGUACGUGCGCCAAGACACCGAUGAUGUAUAUACGCCGCUGCACGUCGCGCCGCCCACCACGCAGGGCCUGCUGCACGCCAUUGAGAAUAAGUACAAAAUUUCAAGUUCGGCAAUAAAUAAUCUUUAUCGAAAGAACAAGAAAGGGAUUACGGCCAAAAUUGACGACGAGAUGCUGGCAUACUACUGCAAUGAAGACCUGUUCCUGCUGGAAGUCCGGCCUGCCGGUGCCAGCGAGGACGAGCCCCUUUACGACAUCACGUUCGUAGAGCUGCCGCUCGACCACUAGCGUCGUGCCCGCGCCCGCCGCGUCGUGCCCGACGCCCGCCCAUACUCGCGCCGCACCCACGUCUGACGCUCCCGGACGGAUCCUCUCUUCGCCUGCUCAAUGCGCUCUCUACUAAUGUUUUUAUGUGAAAUAUUUAAUUAUUAUGGUCAUCUGUGGCGGAUUAUGCGAAGGGUCGUCUUAACAUCCCCAUUUACACUCAUAAUUUAUAUGAUAAGGUCUCAAAAAUUGUCGAUCUCAGAUUGAAAUUUACUAUUAAGUGUUUCACCAUACUUUGUCUUAAAUACAAACCGAAUGUCACAAAUUUUAGUCAGUCGUCGUUUAAACGACGAGCGCUAGAGGGACCGACUUGUUAAUACAUGCAUAUUUUAGUGCCUUAUGAAAUUACAUAACAUCGUGCGACGAUUUGACGAUGGCAAGAAACAUUUUGAUGAGUCGGAACUAAAGUGACGUUUGAGAGUUGUUUUUUAAUACUUAUGUAAUGAGAAAUGAUCUGCUGCGUAGAGGAAUUGUAACGUGCGUGCCAUUCACUCGGUUAUCAUUCUAGAUUGUAGUUAUUGUUUCAACAGGUACCUUUUAAUCUUGCCAUGGUGAUAAAGUAAGAAAUUCUUGUCACAAACAUUUUAUAACAUGUAGAUAGUAUCUACAGUCAAUAAGGAAUAUAAUGUGCCUUUGACGUAAAAAUAAUGUUAUUUUUUAUUAUAAGUGAGUUAAGUCAAAUUAAAUGCCAUCCACUUUGUUAAGUUUUAUAAAUAAGUUUGCUUUUAUAAGCUCGCUCAAUACAAUCAUUUAGUAAAGUUGAUAUUAGUUUUAAGG